AUGUGUAGGCUUGGGCGGUCAGGGCAAGAGGGAAGGGAUUACACCGUCAAGGCGCACAACCGAACGGGUGGAAUUUACACCCUUCUGGGGGAGCCAACAAAUGGGUACCACUCUUCGGGAAGCUUCAACCUCGGGAAGGCUUCAACCACCGGAAAGCUUCAACAUCGGGAAAGCUUCAACAUCGGGAAAGCUUCAACCUCGGAAAAGCUUCAACCUCGGGAAGGCUUCAACAUCGGGAAAGCCCCUACUCGCAGAAAAAUUAGCGAAGAAGAAGAAGUGAGCUUCAUUUGCCACAUCCCCUUAAUCGAGAAACUAGACAACAGUAUCAACUUACUGGAGAAGUGCAAGCGGCUGUCCUUGUCGACGAACCGAAUUGAAAAACUGAUCCCGAUGUCCGGUCUGAAAAAUAUUGAGAUCCUCUCGCUCGGAAGAAACUGCAUUAAAAAAUUCCAGUUCCUUGAGGACAUCAGUGGAACGCUCAAGCAACUCUGGAUUUCCUACAACAGUAUUGACAAGCUGGACAAUCUCCAGUCCCUUAAGAAGCUUCAAGUUCUUUACUUGUUUCACAACAAAAUAAAAAACAUCGAGGAGGUCGACAAACUGAGCGCCUUGCCAGAACUAGCCGAGUUGGGACUUAAGGGGAACCCCUUAUAUGAAGGAAAGACAAACGAGUAUAUGAAGCUGGUGAUUUUAAAAAAGUUACCUCAGCUGAAGGUCGUGGACAACGAAACGAUCACGGAGAAACAGAGGAAUGACGCCCUGACCGUUGAAGUUGUUUGA